AACAAUGGCAAACUCCUUUGCAUCAAGGACCCUCACUGCCCUUUCAGAUCUGCAGCCAAAUAUGGCUAAUCUGAAAAUAAUCGGUAUAGUUAUUGGGAAAACAGAUGUCAGAGGAUUUCCAGACAGAAAAAAUAUUGGAUCAGAAAGAUACACUUUCAGCUUCACCAUUCGGGAUUCACCAGCACAUUUUGUAAAUGCAACUUCCUGGGGCAGUGAAGAUUACAUCAAGUCUCUUUCUGACAGCUUUAGGGUUGGUGAUUGUGUGAUAAUUGAAAAUCCUCUGAUCCAAAGAAAGGAUAUAGAAAGAGAAGAAAAAUUCAGCCCUGCAACUCCUAGCAAUUGUAAACUAUUUCUCAGUGAGAAUCACUCAACAGUAAAAGUUUGUUCCAGUUAUGAAGUGGACACAAAGUUACUUUCUUUGAUACAUUUACCCGUUAAAGAGUCUGGUGAUUAUUAUUCGUUGGGUGACAUUGUUGCAAAUGGACACAGUCUUAAUGGGAGGAUUAUUAGCCUGCUUGCAGCUGUGAAGUCGAGCUGCCCAGAAACCGGAGAGGGAGUCUUUUUUGUUGUUGUUGUUGUAAAUAAUGUGUCACUAUCGGUUUUUUCUAGUAUAUUCAAUUUGUAUUACUUCUUUUUAAACAAAUGCAGUUGGGAUAAUGAAUCCAUUCUACUUGCACAGUGCUGGAUGCCACGAGAAACAGUAAUAUUUGCCUCGGAUGUAAGAAUAAAUUUUGACAAAUUUCGAAACUGCAUGACAGCAACUGUAAUCUCAAAAACCAUUAUUACAACUAAUCCAGAUACACCAGAAGCUAACAUUCUACUGAAUUUUAUAAGAGAAAAUAAAGAAACAAAUGUUCUGGAUGAUGAAAUUGACAGUUAUUUCAAAGAAUCCAUAAAUGUAAGUACAAUAGUUGAUGUCUAUACAGUUGAACAAUUAAAGGUAAAAGCUUUGAAGAAUGAAGGAAAAGCUGAUCCUUUCUAUGGCAUCCUUUAUGCCUACAUUUCUACACUGAACAUUGAUGAUGUAACUGCAAAAGUGGUUCGAAAUAGAUGUUCCAGCUGUGGUUAUAUUGUAAAUGAAGCAUCUAACAUGUGCACAACUUGUAACAAAAACUCCUUGGACUUUAAAUCUGUCUUUGUCAGUUUUGAAAUGCUGAUCGAUCUGACUGAUCACACAGGUACCCUUCAUUCCUGUAGUCUCACAGGAAAUGUUGCUGAGGAGACUUUGGGCUGCACGUUUGUUGUAUCACACAGAGCAAGGAGUGGAUUGAAAAUUAGUGUACUGUCAUGCAAGCUUGCAGAUCCCACUGAGGCGAGCAGAAACUUGUCUGGAUAAAAACAUGUUUAAAAUAGUCUAUCAUUUUAAACUCUGGAAAAGUAUAGGAGUUUUACCUCCCUUUAAAAUAGAAUAAUAAUUUGAAAAUUAUGGGGAAAAUUAUGUUUUGUUUACAUGUGACUAACCUGUUUCUAGAAACUGUUAUGGUGGAGCUGGUCUGGGGCGAGUCUGAAGGCCUCUCUCAUCUGACCCCCUUUCCUAGAAGGCCUCCUACUGGCUUUGCCUUGUCUCCUCCCAAGUUGCAAAAUGUUUACAUGAAUUAAUAAACAUUUAGUCUUCUA